AUGCCGCAAGUCGAGAGGUGGGAAAUCCAACUCUGCGCCUGCUUUGUUGCGGUCGCCUUGGGAAGCGACUUCACGUCGUGGAGAUUGUUCCCCAAGCUUUUACGACAGCGAUGGCCCGCGCUUCCCUCUCGCACGAAACUACUCAUCGUCCUACGCAUAGCCACUGCUCCAGCGAGUGCGUACUGCCUGGGGGCAUCCCUAAAAGUCCUGUCAUAUUCCGACGCCGCCAUCCUUCUAGAGCAGGAUGGCGUCCAGUCCUCAGCCAGGUCGACAUGGCUCCUCGCAGCUGCCAUGUAUACCUACGACCUGGCAAGGACGUUCCCGCCACGAUCGCAAGACGUGGUCCACCACGUGGGGUGGAUGGGCCUCACCUUUGUUCUGUACUGGUCUACCAUGAGCACGAAUCCGGGCAUUACAACACUGAUGAUCCGUAACGUGGCGGCGUGUAGCUUCUUCAGCCUCGGUCUCAGCGGCACCGUGCAGCUGGCUUUGUUGCUCAUGGAGCGUCUGGGGCCCUGGACGCGUCCUCCGCUGAGGAUGGCGCGGUGCUUCCGCGGACUAGUGUGGACGCUGGUGCUCAGCCGGCCAAUGUCGCGGGGGGUGUACAUCGUCACAUAUGAGGCGCUCUGGCGGAUCACGGCGACGCCGGCCGACUUUGCGGUCAUGGCUGUGCUUACCAUCGCGUUUCUCGGGCUGUUUGGUGCCUCCGACCUGGAGGUGCGGACGUCCCGAGCCGGCAAGAUGAUCGUCCUUACGACAUACUGGGUUGUCGUGGUCGCCAUAGCGAUUGUACUGUUGGCUCGUGCUACGGGUAUGCCGUGGAGGUCACGGGAUGCUGCUGUGGUCCAGACGCCAUCACUCGCAGACUGGUGA